AUGCCUCGUCCGAGGAGGCCUGGCGCGCCAGAGCCAAAACGAAGAUCCCGUAAAGGGUGUUGGCCGUGCAAAGCGCGCAAAGUCAAAUGUGGUGAAGAGAAACCAUCUUGUCUUAACUGCAGGCGUCAAAACGAGCCUUGUGACUAUAGUAUCAGGCUGAACUGGGAGGGAAGAACAAGGCGAAAAUCCUCCGUGGGGUCUCCAAGUUCCCAGUCCAGCGGGCACUCUGGUCAUUUCCUCUCUUUGGCUCUCUUGUCCUCUGAGACGGCUUCAAGGGACUCCCUGGAAUCCAGCCAACCAUUCAACAGCCCGCGAGAAACAAGUUCGCAGACCUUGCUAUGGGACAUGGCGCAUGGAGGAAUUGUGGCACCAGAGGCGUCUCGCUCUAGAAGUCUACAUAGCGUCCCUGAAACUGCAUCCUCUCCCGCUCUCUCUGGGAGAUUAAUCAAUAAUUCCAGCCAGAUGAAUGGUAGGAACGCAGUAGGAAUUGAAUUCCCCUCACGGAUGAACGAUCCAAUAAGCCCAUGGCCAGAGCUGUCCCCGAGGAUCAUGGCGAUGCCCCAGGAGGCGUUCUCUCCCCAUCUCGCAUAUUCCCAUGCCACGGAAGACAUCUCUUACCCUUCGCCAGCGGAUACCAGUUCUAGUAUUGGAUCCUUUGCCACUCUUAACUUCUCUGUUGGCUCCUCCGUCACGCCGGUCUCCUUCAUGCCGCAGUCAACAAUGGGACCAGAUCCAUCUAUAGGCCAUGCUUCUUUGGUGCAGUCAAAUCGAGCGAGCGAUCAACCUGGAUUGGGAAUAGUCUCACAUGCAAUCCACAUCGCUCAUCCUUUUGCUGUCGCCGAGGAAGUAAUCCAGACGGAGAGAAGAUCUUCUGUGAACUGUUCCAGCUUGUCCAGCGUACCUCCAGUCGACCCCGCUUUGCAGAUCGACAAUGGCCGUCAUACCGACACAUACUUCAAUAAGAUCAUGAAUGACCCUCUUCCAAUCUCAGAGUGCAUGUCAAGCUAUCGGCAGGUUCCUGCCCAGUCCCCUCAGAUAUCAUCUCCAGGCGUCAUUAUUGAUCGUAAUACCAACCCGCCCGCCGGGCAUCCUACCCCGGAGCAGAGAUGGCACGUCUACCUGACCACUGUGACAGACCAUUAUGGCUUGGAUCAUGGCCGUCCUGACUUGGAUCUCAACAAUAUGAAUGACCAUUCCGCCAUUGAUAUCAAUUAUGCUUUGGAUCUGAUCAAUCCGGGGCAUCAAACUCAUGUGACGGUGGAAACAGACCCCUCGGACCAGGAAUCUCCGCGCGUCACCAGCUAUGGGUACUACGCGGCCCCUGUUCCCAUCAAUAUCCCGCGAUAUCUGUCACCAGUGCCGUCUACAUUGGUAGAAACUCCUAUUAACCUGAUGUACUUUCAUCAUUUCCUAAACCACACAGCCAAGAUGCUUGUUGCACACGAUUGUGGUGACAACCCAUUCAUUUCUGUCCUACCAUCGAUGGCCAUUAGUGAUUCCAACAUCCUGAACUUGGCUCUAGCCUACUCCGCCAGUCAUCGCGCCAGAUAUCUGAACCAUCCCGAACCUGCCAACAGGAUAGCACACUGGGUCAGCAAUGUCUUCCCGACUCUCCGCAUGGCUUUGGAAGAUUCAGACAAAAAUAUCACGGACAACCAUCUUGCCGCCGCAAUCAUGCUCUUGUCUCUGAAGAUCAUCUCGCCAACCACUUUCGAGGUGCCCAUACCAUGGCAGAGCCACCUGAAGCUCGCCCGUGAUCUUUUUCUCGCACGCGGAGUGCAGAUGGCGUAUGCCGGAAACCGAGUGGGGGCCUUCCUUGCGCGCUGGCUGGGGUAUAUCGAUGUUCUCGGGGCUCUCUCCUGUCGGCAGAACGAGGCCCCUCUGUUCAUGUACCAGUCCAUUAUCAACACAUGCUGUCCACCUGGAGCAAAUGAUGAAGACGUCGUGGACUGCUUCACCGGAUAUACGCCGAAGACGAGUAUGUUCUUGUCGCAAGUGGGUAAAUUGGUUUACGAGUGCGAUAGCGGCCGCUUUGAUGAUCUGGGGAAUUUCAACCCUAGCUGGAGACCGUCACCGGAUGUGAUCGCCGCAGCUGAAUCUCUGCUUGCGGAGUUUCACGUUGACGAUAUGCUCGCACACGUCAGCAAUAGCCAUCAGCAACACUUGGCAUCGGCAGACACUCUCGCUAUCGAUCGAGCAUUCCGAUAUGCUGGACUGCUGCACCUUUAUCGCCGCGUACUGUGCAACUCAUCUGCGUCCUCUGCCGUCACGGGAGCGUUGACUGCAUUGCUGGACGCGCUGGAGCAGAUCCAACCCGGCGGUGCCGCGGAGGCGGGUGCCUUAUUUCCGUUGUUCACUGCGGGUUGCGAAACACGGGACUCUCAUCGGAGGGUUAGCAUCAUGGAGCGGAUCCAGAGCCUAGAAAAGAACGGCAUGAAACAGAUUCAGAAUGCUCGUGCUCUCAUGCAGCGUUGCUGGGAUGAGGAUAUACCCUGGUAUACUUUGGCACAGGGGGAGUUCUUGGGGUAG